AUGGGCGACGCGAUUCCUAUGUCGGACUACACCACCAUUGUCGCGAGGGUGGCGCAGAUGAUGUCGAUUCUCUUGUACUUGAAUCACGUCAUCGCCUGCUUCUUCUUCGCCACUUCGAAGCUCACGGAAGGCGAGAAGACUUGGACGGAUGAGUACCUCCUCACCACCAAGCACUGGACGGAUCAGUACGCGGUCGCGUUGCAUUGGUCGCUGACACAGUUCACCCCCGCAUCCAUGGAUGUGCAGCCCCAGAACUCAGUGGAACGUUGCUACGCCAUCAGCGUGGUGAUCUUCGCUCUGGUGGGCUUCUCCUACGUGGUGGGGGAUAUCAGCAGCUGUUUGACACAGCUCCGCAACAUGUCGGAGACCUCCUCCAAAGAGUUCCGCAAGCUGCGGAACUUCAUGCGGAUGCACAAGGUUCCUCGUCAGUUGGCUUUGCGGGUGACCAAAUUCGCGGAGCACGCCUACAGCAAGCAGGUGAAGGCGAUGCCCAUGAGCAAAGUCACGCUGCUGAGCCUGGUCUCAGAGCAGCUGUUGGGGGAGCUCACCUUUGAGAUGAACAAGCCCCACCUGAUCAUCCACCCGCUCUUCGAGAACAUGGAGCACAAUGCCACGCUGGUCUUGCAGCGCAUUUGCACCAAGGCUUUGGUGACCAAGCAGCUGGCGCACAACGACUUCCUCUUCGUGGCCGGUGAGCAGGCGACGUACAUGCACUUCUUGAGCUCUGGCAUGCUUCUGUACAAGAAGGGCGACACCCACAAGGAGUACGUGCAGGCCAACGAGGACUGGGUCACGGAGACGGCCUUGUGGCUUCAGAGCUGGGAGCUGUUAGGUACUGCGGAAGCUCUGGGGGAGUCCGUGAUCGUCAGCAUUGAUGCCGACAUCUUCUUGCAUGUGGUGGAGUCCUCGAGCAACUCCCUGAUCCGCAUGGUGCAGAUGUACGCCCGCCGCUUCGCAGUGUGGCUCAAUGAGCUGCCCCUCCAUGAGCUCUCAGAUGUCAUCCAGGGCGACCUCGUCACAGACAAGAUUCGCAGCUUUAUCCCGGAGACGCUCGUGCGUAGUGCAUCCGGCUCUACUCCAACGUGA